AUGGGCCAAUACUGGCAGGUGGUUUGCCCAUCCAGACGCGAGUACACAACACAGUCAUGUGGUGGAAAGCUAUCAGAGUUGCUUUUUUCGUCAUGGGCCAACAUACUGUGUGACCUGAUUGAACACGAGUGGGCUGGCACUCGGCUCAUCUGUAUUGGAGAUUACUUAAAUCCAGACGAUCUCCCUGCCACGAUUCAACAAGACAAACUCCACUUGAUUUCCGCCGAGAGCGAUGCAACAUCCAAGCUUCUCCGCUAUGAUGUCGUUGAGGAGGAGUUUGAACUAUGGUCUUACGAAGAAGAAGGGGAGGCAGCGACUCUCACGGCCAUGGAAGAAUCUGUCAAUCCCAAAAUUCGACUCCUGAGGAACUUGACUACCAGCCAAUAUGUCUUCAAGGACAAGUUGCCAUCCGGAACCACUCUUGGCCACAUAGUUCUGAUGCGUAUCUGUUGGUCGUCUGAUAGUUCAACUAGCAUUGCGGGGGGAGGAUAUUUGACCAAGGGAGAAUGGGCUGGCCAUGAGUUCGACAUUGUAGGUGCUGACAUGCUGGAAAAUAUGGACGGAGAAUGGGAGGAUGUCACCGAGGACAUCCGCGAUGAGAUACAGGUUCUGUGGUCGAGCGAUUUCGGAGACAACUGGGAAACCGAAUGGAGAGCGUGA